AUGUCUCGCGCUAUUGGUAUAGAUUUGGGAACGAAGUAUUCAUGUGUCGGUGUAUUUCAACAUGGUAAAAUUGAAAUUAUUGCUAAUGGUCAAGGCAAUAGAGCAACACCAUCUUAUGUUGCAUUUACAAAUAGUGAACAUUUAAUUGGUGAUGCAGCUAAAAAUCAAGUAGCUAUGAACCCUAGUAAUACAAUAUUUGAUGCUAAACGACUUAUUGGUCUUAUUAAUGAUAAUGGAAAACCAAACAUUCAAGUUAAAUAUAAUCAUGUAACAAAAUUAUUUACACAAAAAGAAAUUUCAUCAAUGGUUUUAAUGGAGAUGAAAGAAACUGCUGAAGCUUAUCUUGGUAAUAAUGUUUUAGAUGCUGUUGUUACUGUCCCAGCUUAUUUUAAUGAUGCACAACGACAAGCAACAAAAGAUGUUGCUACUGGUACUAUUGCUGGUCUCAAUGUCUUACGUAUUAUAAAUGAACCAACGGUAGCAGUCAUUGCCUAUGGUUUAGAUAGAAAAACAGCCGGUAAAAAAAAUGUUCUCAUAUUUGAUUUGGGUAGUGGUACAUUCGAUGUAUCGAUACUCAUCAUUGAUAAUGGUAUUCUUGAAGUUAAAUCAACGAUCGAUAUAUCACAAAAUUCACAUGCUCUUCGAUGUUUACGUACGACAUGUGAACGAGCUAAACGUACAUUAUCUCAAAUAACAAUUGAAAUUGAAUCUCUUCAUGAAGUUAUUGAUUUUAAUACAUCAAUAACACAAGCUCGUUUCGAAGAAUUAUGUACUGAUCUAUUUCUACUUGUUGGUGGUUCAACACGUAUUCGAAAACUACAAAAAUUACUUCAAGAUUUCUUUUACGGUAAAGAAUUAAAUAAAUCCGUUAAUCCCGAUGAAGCCGUAGCUUAUGGUGCAGCUGUUCAAGCAGCUAUUUUAAAAGACAAUCAUUUAUUGGGACAUUUUGAAUUAACUGGUAUUCCACCUGCACCAUGUGGAGUGUCAAACAUUGAAGUUAUCUUUGAUGUUGGUUAUGAUGGAAUAUUAAAUGUAUCUACUAUUGAAAAAUCAACAAGUCGAGAAAAAAAGAUACAAAUUCGACAUGAUCAAAAUCGUUUAUUACAAGAAGAAAUUCAAGAUAUGGUUGAAGAUGCUGAAAAAUAUAAAAAAGAAGAUGGUUUAAUACAUGAACGUAUGGUAGCAAAAAAAUCACUUGAAUCGUAUUGUUAUAAUAUGAAAUCAAGUAUUAAUAGUGAUCAAAUAUCAUCAAAACUUUCCAUAGAAGAUAAAACAAAAAUAAAUGAAACAAUUGAAUCAACAUUACAAUGGAUUGAAUUAAAUCAAUCGGCUAGAACACAAGAAUUAUAA